AUGGCUCCCCACGCUGUCCUGGGUCCCGGGGCCGCGCCCUUUCCGGGACCCCGAGGGGGUCUGGGCGCUCUGUACCAGCUGUCCGACGGCGGUAGGAAACGCUCUUCGUCCCCCAGGCCAGCGGGUUUCAGCCUUUACAGUAGAUCCAGUAUCGCCCGUGUAUUCGUGGUCGCGGAAAUGUCCCUGGAGUCUACGGUGUUCGCGGGGCGCGUGCAGACUUGCGUGUGGAGGAUGAGUUGUGUGGCGCGGCGCCGCUACACUUUCACCGCCCCGGCAGGCGUCAUUCAGAGCGGGGCGAAUCAGAGACGAGACACAGUGUGUCAGUGCAAAGAAGGCACCUUCCAGAAUGAAAACUUUCCUGAAAUGUGCCAGGAGUGCAGCAGGUGCUCCAGUGGGAAAGUCCUGGUCAGUAAUUGUACGUCCUGGAGUGAUAUCAGGCAUGAAGAAUCUGGUGCCAACGCCACUGCAAAAACCCCAGCUGCUGAAGAGACAGUGACCACCAGCCCGGGGACUCCUGCCUCUUGCGAUUACCUCCUAUGCACCAUCGUAGGGGUCAUAGUUCUAGUCACGGUUGUGGCUGUGUUUGUUUGGAAGACUUCACUGUGGAAGGAAUUCCUUCCUUCCCUGAAAGGCAUCGGCUCAAGUAGGUGCUGGCUGAGGGUGGGGGUGCUGGGCACUCUGCCCUGCCUCCUCCUGCUCUGUUCCCACAGACAGAAAUGCCCACCCCUGCCCUAUGUCCUGGUGUCUCCGGCCUGGCUCUAUCUUCCUCCUUGUGAUCCCAUCCCCACAUCCCGUUCACCCCACAGGACACUGGUCUCAUCAGUCUCUCUCCAGGGGCUGGGGGGGUUCCCUCAUCUCCCAGCCAAGUCCAGGAGGGCAGGGUCAGUUCCUCCUGUCUUCAGGCCCAGCCAGGCGGGGGGCAGUCAGUUCCUCAACUGGGUGACAAGGGUCAGGAUGAGACGUGGUCAGGGAAUUUACUCAGCCUUGGUCAGAGCAGAACAGAGCAGAAAACAGAUUUUCCAACUGUUUGCUUUUACUCUACUUCCCCUUCUCAUCCCCCUUCCUCAGGGUGUUCCCGAAUUGCAAGGCCUUAUUCCUGUCCCCAGGCGCAGGGCUCCUUGUCUAGUGUUCCAGCCCCCAGCCCACCCCUACCCCCCACUUCCCUCCGGGAGGGAGAUGCUGCAUGGGCCCCUCCCUGCCUGCUAAGGAGACUCCUUUUCCAGGUGGUGAAAGUAUCCCUGAAUGUGUAAACAGAGUGACAUGGUUUCUCCAGAAACUGGAUGCCUUGUGGGCUGGGGAACUGCCUCCCACCCACAGCAGAACCCAGGUGGGUACAAUCCCUUGUCCUCAUGGCUGCCCUGACUCUCUGAAGUGGCCUGGGGCUCUGGACUGACUGUGGGAGACACAUGGCCAUCUUGAGCAGCACACAGGCUGGCAGGCCCUGCUGCAACCCUGUCCCUCCGGCAGCCCUGGUGACACCCUUACGCACAGCCUGCACCCUGAGGAUGGGGUGUCCGCUCAAGCACAGCAUCAGGGGCCUGGCCCCAGCAGUGGGUCCUGGAUGUGCUGAGCCUGGGCUGCCUGGGGUGACCUCAUUGGGAGGGGUGGGGACAGCAGGUCCAGGUGCAUACUGGGGACCCUGCAUCCAGCCCUGGAUGUGGACUCCUGAGUGGGUUCUUUGCCUUCCUGAGGUUUCUUCCCAGAACUCAUGUCCCCCACCAGGUCCUGGGGUGAGGACAAUGGCCACAAGGAGACCCUGAGUCACAGAGACUUGCAGCCCACCCAGGUGUCUGAGCAGGAAAUUGAAGGAAUCAUCAAAUUUUACAGAGGAGGAGAUUGCAGCUCAGAAUGGGGAAGUGUGUGUACCAGGCCACAUACAAGUUCUGCCCAGAGCACUGGUAAGAAUGAGGGAAACUAGGAAUGACCGCUUUAAAAAGUUAAAUGAAGAGAAUUUCAAACUGAAGGCAUUGGAGUUUGCUGGUAAUAGGUUUGUAUGGAUUAGAUCAUAUUAAGCGCAUCAAGCUCUUGCCC